AUGAAAGUACAGCCUGCUUUAAAACAACAGAAUUAUUAACAUUAACAGCAUGGAAAGGGGGGAGUUGGCACAACAUCACCCAACUAUUUUGCCUUUCAAUCUAAAAUUAAUAGCCUUAUUUAUAGGCAAAAUUAGACACCUAGCAAUCCCUCUAAAGGUAGUCUGCAGUCUACAGAGAUGCUGCCUGGUACUUUUAGCACUGAGCAGAGACAGCAGGAUUUUGUAAAUAAUCUUUCUAAUUCAAAGCCUUUCAAAAGACUUAUGGAUGAGCAUCGAGGAUCAAUUACUGAUAAGAAGCUAAAUUUACCUUAAAAGCAUAUAUCUGAUUUUAAGCAAACCUUCUUUAAUUCUAAGAAGCACUCCUUGACAUAAGAGUAGAAUUGCCAGAGGGACUUCCAUGAAGCUGUUAUCUCUAAUGAAAGUUUUGGCAAAUAAAAUAAAAAAGUGGAUACUGCAAUAGGAAGUAAUUAAGAUGAUAUCGUAAGUAAAAAAGUUCUAUUUUCAAAUGUUAAUAACGAAUCGACAGUGGUAAAAAGUGUGGUAAAAAAAGAAAACUCUGAGGUAGUUAAUCAGAUACUUAUAAAACAAUUUCUGACUUCUCCUAAGAAAGCCUUUUACAAUAUGAAAGAUCUCUAUGAAAAUUAUAGUAAGUCUUGCAAGCUGCAAGAGAAAGUGAAAUUAAAUUAGACAUAGCAGCCUUAAAAGAGCAAUAUGAGAGAUUUCUCUUUUUAAGUUACUGAUAAUCCUGAGUAAGAAGAGGCGAAACUAAAUGAAACUGCUGAUAAUAGUCACGAUAGCACAAGACUGUAACUCUAUGAUAAUACUCAAAGAGAGAUAUACUCUGCUUUCCCUUAAAAGCAUAGGUCUGCUAAUAAUCGAAAAUAUUAUGCAAGCAAUAAUAUGAGUCAGAGAAAUUCUGCUUCAUUAGUAUUCUCAAUUCACACAGCCUCAACUAAGAAUUAAAAUCGUAGACAUAUAGAUAAAGUCAUAGCCUCAGAAAACUCAAGGAGAGAUGUGCAUCCAUCAGCAGAUGCAAGAAGCUACAGAGCUAGUCCUUAAUCAAGUAGAGCAUUCGAUUAUGUAUCCACCUAGAAUCACGUUGAUGUGCAUUUCAACAUGAUUGACUCAAGCAAAGCAUAGAAAUUUAAGAAAAUCAUAAUUGAGUCUAGCGAUCUCAAAGAUACUUCCAUUAUGACUGAUUUUAACUAUAACAUAGCAGGUGGUGGUUACUAUGAAUCUUCGAGCAGAGCUAAAAAAGGCCAUACCAAGCCUAAUAGCUGA